GGGCGUGCGCGGCACCGACGUCACAGAGGCCGGAGGCUUCUAGAACCCCGAGGUGUCAUCCUCAGAGCUGGUCUCCUGGACACCAGCUGGGCCGCGCCGUCCCCGGGAGCCACUUCCGCUUGAGGCCCCGAGUCUGGCCACAGCAGGCGCCGCUCCCACCCCGCCACCGGCUCCCCGGGUGGCUCCGGAGAUGCCCGAGGGGCUCCCGUGCCGUCCCACGCGGGACUCGGCGGCGCGCGACAGCUGGAGGUAGGGGCGGCCAUGGCGCGGUCGGCGUGGGCCCGAGGAGCCCCGGUGGCCCUGGCGGCCCUCUGGCUGGUCCUGUCCCCGUCGUCCGCGGACGCGCAGGUUAACCUGAGCUCCGUGGACUUCUCGGAGCUCCCGGCGCUCCUCGGGGUCCCCUUGGACCCCCAGGGCGCACGCAGCUACCUGCUGGUGGCCAGGCCGGCCGACGCCUGCCUCGCCAUCGAGAGCCCCGGGCCCGACAACAACUCACAGGACCCACUCGUGCUGGUGCGGCCCCUGGGCUGCAAGUGGGAACGCGCGGGGCGGCGCGCGCUGAGGGCUGGAACCGCAGCGGCCUCCGCGCGCCCCGAGGACCCGGGGCAGCAGCUGCGCGUGCACGACGACCUGGAGGUGACCGUGCGCUGCGACCGGCCAGCGCGCGUCCUGCUGCCCCACGGGGGACCCUGCCCGGACCCCGAGUGUCACCCCGCCGUGGCCGCGUCCUGGGCGCUCGCUCGAGCCCUGGCCCUGGCCGCGUCCACGCUGUUCGUGCUGAGGCAGCUGUGGCCGUGGAUCCGGGGCUGGGGGAGCCGGGGCACCACGGUGAAGACGCAGACGUGCCAGAAGGCGCAGGUGCGUACGUUCACGCGCCUCAGCGACCUGUGCGCCAUCUGCCUGGACGACUACGAGGAGGGGGAGCGCCUCAAGAUCCUGCCGUGCGCGCACGCGUACCACUGCCGCUGCAUCGACCCCUGGUUCUCGCGCGCCGCGCGGCGCUCGUGCCCCCUGUGCAAGCAGUCGGUGGCCAGCACGCACGACGGCUCCACGGACAGCAGCGUGGGCGGCGACGACCCACCCCUGCCCGAGCACUGCCCACCCAUCUGGGCCAUCCAGGCCCGGCUGCGCUCCCGCAGGCUCGAGCUGCUAGCCCGGACAGUCCCCUGCCGUCGCUGCAGCAGCACCACGUCCCUGGGGAUGGCCGAGAACGUGGAGCCGUCAGAAGAGACCUACGAGCCCUCCUGACCCCAGCUGAUGCGGGGAGGGGCGGACACUAGGAGAGGGGUGCGGGUGGGGAGUGCCCAAUAAAGUGUGUUUGAAUCUGGA